AUGAAUUUCUUUACUCUUCUAAUUCCAGUAGCGAAAACACUUGACGUCGAAGAGAGCACUCGUAGCCGGAUAAAUGCUGUAGUCGAACAAGGCAUCACGAAUGUGGGAGAAGCAACUGCGUAUAUCCUAAGAAAAUUUGAGCUCAUCAAACAACAGCUGCUUACUCGAUUUGUAUCGAAUAGUAAUGUUCCAAUGAAAGCUGAGGAGGAUUUCAAGGAAGAAUUGGAUCCAGAGGCAUUUGCAGAUGCACUAAACAAGUUGGUUGAAAAGAUGGAAACUGACAAAGAGAUGACAACCGCUGAAGACCUGAAUGAAAUAAUAAAGGAGGAAAUAGCUAAGAAGGAUGACGAAGAUGUAGAAAAUGACAAAACAGAGACAACCAAGCCAAAUGAAGAACUCUAA